UUUUCUUCAGCGUUCAUUCAUUCUGGAAAAAAUAAAGCACAGUGAAUUUCAAUUCAACAAUUAAAAACAAAAAAAAAACAAAAAUUGAUUUCCCUGUUCAAUCAGAAGGUAAAAACAAAACCAAAUGUGAAAGCUGAUUGGAGGAAGAAGCAAAUGAAAUAAAAAAGAGAGAGAAAUUGUUCUUCUGUCUCUAUUGGCUUUCAACUUUCCCCAGAAGUUACUUUCUCUCUUUCUUUUCUCUAUGACGAAUUAAGUGUCAAAUUGAAUGAAUCACACAGACCCACAUGUUAAUUUUGCAUUUUCUCUUGGUUUGGGUCAAAUGGGUCUCAUUUUUCUGAGAACCCAGUGAAAACGCUUGCACCUUUGACUCCAAAAGCUGCAGAGUAGAGGGAGAUUCACCACAAUUCCUCACAACCAUGGAAGAAGCAACUGAGUUCCACUCUGAAGAAAAUAAAUUGUCUAUGGAGAAAAAUAAGAAAAGAAGGCUCAAAACACCGGCCCAGCUUAAGGGCUUGGAAGAUUUUUAUAAUGAUAACAAAUAUCCCACGGAGGAAAUGAAAUCAGAACUUGCCGAUGAGUUAGAGUUGACAGAAAAGCAAAUAUCUGGAUGGUUUUGCCACAGAAGAUUGAAAGAUAAAAAAAUGUUGAAUGAUGAAGUAUGUGCUAAUGGACGACAUGAUCGUUCAAGUGGUGUCAUCCAGGAUCGUGGCAGUGGUCUAGUGCAGGAUUCAUGCGGAAGCACUAAACAUGUUGACUAUAGGUAUCUGGAUCCCAAAGAGGUUGAGAGCCAUGGCCUCUAUAACCAUGGAUUUUCAGCUGCAGAUAUGAUGUAUGGUCACAAUAACCAUCAUUAUACAGAAAAUGAUAGUGCAACAGAUAACACAUCAUCUGAGAGUAGCUCCUCUUUACAAGACCGAUUGCUUCGUCAAGGAAAGGAUCUGUAUGAUAUGGAGCCUUCAAGUCAUCUUACACCUAAUGGAUCUCUUCCGCCUCUCAAUAUCAAGGGUGCAAAUAACUUGGGAUAUAAACCAUCAGGAUAUUUGAAAGUGAAGGGAGAUAUAGAACAUGCUGCUAUUACUGCUGUUAAAAAGCAAUUAGGAAAGCAUUAUCGGGAAGACGGUCCACUACUUACUGUUGAAUUUGAUACAAUUCCUCCUGAGGCAUUUGAAUGCCAAAUUGCAGAUCUAGCUAAUGAAGCAUACUAUGCUGCAAAUCCUGCUCUUCCAAAUUCUCCAGAAGUCUCUGCUGUGAAAAAACAAUCCAGUCUUAGUUCUAAAUAUGAUUCAUAUUUUACCAAAAUCAGUUCCCAAGAUUCACAUAUGGACAGAGGUGACUUUGGCUCCUUGCAUGAUUCUGAUUUCCAGGAUAAGAAAUCCUUCCAGGUUAUAAAUCAAAGGCAAAAUUUUCAGAGUUUUACCAAUCCUUUGCCUCACAAGAACUCUUCCCUGGAUUUGAAUGCAGACUCUACUGGGGAAGCAUCUGCUUAUAAUAACAUAAAAAAUCGUAGAAAGGGUACUAAACAUGGUUUUGAUGGGGUGAGAUAUGAUUCUGCUUCUAACCCUAGUGAUCACUAUGAAGAGAAUAAUAACCUUGCGGUUAAGCAGACAGAUUCUCUGCUACAUGGCUAUGAAAACAGCAAUCUGAAGAAUGUACAAAGGAGUGAAUAUGUGAAAUCUAAACCUUCCAAUUCAGUACAUAAGUCUCAAAUUUACUUGGAUACUGAAGAAAGAAGAGGGCUUAAUAAAAGGAUGGCAAAGGAAGAGAAGUUUGAUGGGGAUAGAAAGGUAAAAAAACAAUAUCGUGAUCCAGAUGAAGUUAGGGCGCUUACAAAUGAAAUGAUGGUUGCAAAGCGGGCUAAAGUUGAUCCACUUGAACAAUAUGAUGUUAAACAAUCAUCUGUUGCUGAGUUGGAACCAAGAAAAAGUCAAAGAUGAUCAUGUAGGUCUGCUGCAGAGAUGCCAUCUAGCUUUAGUGAGGAUGAAACGGCUGAAACCAGUUCCUCAGCGGAUUAAGUGUUGUUGUCAGAUAUGAUAUUUGUAGGGUUUCUCUAUGCCAUUGGUUUUGUACAGUCUAUAGAGACAGAUCCAUUUUGCACAGUAACAUGUAGAAAGACACACUAACAUGACUAACUUGAUUUGCUGUUGUGCUUGCUUAUUUGCUUCUGUAACAAAAGAAACCCCACUCCCUACCCCUUUUCUUAAAAUUUUGGAUGUAAAAUCUCAUUUUCAUGCAGCUGCUUGUGGUAGGAAGGAUCCAAAUGCAGUUUAUAGAUACAGUGUCUUUUUUUUUUUUCACAAUGAUUAA